AUUCAGCCUCGUUUGGAGUUGAACCAAUCAUUUAGUGCCACACCUUGCGCCCCUCACCCUAGUCGAUACGAACAAUGCAUCGAAUAUCAAGAGAGGAAAUCAGAAACCCAUAUCCUCCACCACCUCAACGAUCAAAUCAUGAAUCCUAGCGUGUUGGAAGACUGUCCUGUCUGCCAUAACUUUCAGCCAGAACUGGAAGAAAAUACCAAGCGCGACUCUCACAGCCGUCUAUGGAAUGUCGGCUAUCAUAGGAAGAUACCAAUCAAUGCAGCGGGUGAGGCUGGCUUUUCAAUUGAGGUAAAAGUCACUGAGGCCCGCAACCAAGCAUCCAACGGCUGUAAUGGGUGUAUGCUACUAUAUCAAGGAUAUCUUCAGUGUCUGGAAUUCACGCCCAAUGCAUUGAAGGACGAAAACCGGAUGUAUAUUAUAGUGAGAUCCGCUCCAGGGCAAGCGAUGAAUUGUUCCUUACGUGCGCCACUCGCACGACCACGUUGUGCUCGAAAUUGGGGGGAUUUCCAGAUACUCGCUGUUGAUGAUUGGUAUCUUUCGUGGGUGCAGGAGUGCCUUGAGAAUCACCCGAAAUGCCAGAGACCGUCUGCCAUGCCUACACGGCUGAUUGACCUCGGGGAAGAUGAUAAAGCAGUCAUGUGCCUCCGGGACGAUGUAAAUCAGAUAGCUCCAUAUAUUGCCCUUAGUCAUAACUGGCAUUUCUCGGAAGCUAGGAAAUCCAUGACACUCAAGGAAAACUAUGAAUCUCGAAAGCGGUUUAUACCGCAGCAGGGGCUUUCUCAAACUUUCCAUGAUACAAUCAAGGUUACCCGAUGGCUCGGGGUGCGGUAUCUAUGGAUCGACACCUUCUGUAUCAUCCAAGAUGACCCUGACGAUUGGGCACAGCAAGCAUCCCAAAUGGGUGAUAUAUUUGAAGGGGCAUAUAUCACUAUUGCUGCCCAUAGUGGCCUAGAUAGCUCGCCAACCGAUGGCUGCUUUCUCGAGAGAAAGAGUGUCCGCGAAGUGGGCCUGCCUGAUGGCAAUGGAGACCAGUUUUCCGCGUUUAUUAUAUACAGGGGGUACCGGGGAAGCGAUCUUCAUGAUUUGGAUAACGGCCCAUCCUUGAUGAGAAGGGGAUGGUGUGUACAAGAGCGUCUUCUUUCGCCCCGCAUCCUCCAUUUUCGGCCAUGGGAGGUUAGCUUUGAAUGCUUUACCCGCAGGCACUGUGAGUGUCAAAAACUGUCUUUAGGGAUUACUGAUGGAGGGAACAUGCAUGAACCUAAGAGUCUUCUGGGCGAUGCUUUCCAUAUAUCAGCGCAUGGGCAGGAGUUAAAUGGGAACGAUUAUCGGUACGCUUGGGACAGCAUUGUCAAUAUUUACUGUACAGCCGAUCUCACAGUCCCAACGGACCGACUAGCAGCGUUGUCCAGUCUGGUUCAACGAAUGCCGCGGCAGAUAUUUGGCGAUUACCUGGCCGGCUUAUGGUCGAAAAAUCUGAUUUCCGAGCUGGCCUGGUCGACGGGCGAGUUCGGUAGGUACUUUCGAUAUCAGCAAUACGUUGCUCCGAGCUUUUCGUGGGCAUCUAUUCAUGGUGGUGCUGUCAUGAUAGACCGGGGGAGGUAUUUCAAAGGCGCUGAGCAUAAGGCUUGCGCACUUGACGCAGGAACUGUCCCUGCAACUCACGACCCAUGGGGCCAAUUCAAGAAGGCUUCAUUUACCUGCGACUGCGAAUUUGUGAAGCUGAACUCAUAUUGA